CCCUGAGAAAACCAUCCCAAAACACAGAACACGCAGUGCACAGUACUAGAACACCACCUCCUGCUCAAACCGUAGAGCAAUCAAUCACCAAUGGCCCCCAAGCCUGCCCUCUUCCUUGCCCUCGGCCUCCUCUUCGCUGUUGCCGCCCAUGGCUGCACACCCUACUGCCCCGGUCCAGUCGUCCCUACGCCGCCGGUCGUGCCGACGCCGUCUCACGGCCACGGCGGGCGCUGCCCGAUCGACGCGCUGAAGCUGAGGGUGUGCGCUAACGUUCUGGGCCUCGUCAAGGUCGGCCUACCCCAAUACGACCAGUGCUGCCCCCUGCUGCAGGGGCUCGUCGACCUCGACGCCGCCGUCUGCCUCUGCACCGCGAUUAAGGCCGAUGUCCUCGGCAUCCACCUCAACGUGCCCGUCAGCCUCAACCUCAUCCUCAACAAGUGCGGCAAGAUUUGCCCGGCCGACUUCACCUGCCCUCAGUAAGAUGGAGAGCUGAUGUAGCAGAAGUACCCAUCCACGGAACAUACUCUCGUACUCACGCGAUUCCAACUUUUACUUCAUUGCUUUGCAAUGGCGAGAUGUUGCAUGUGAUCGAACAAGUUUGUUGUAAUUCUUUUGCUGUAUGUUUGGUUCGUAUACCGUUUUAAAUUGCCAAUAAGAAAUGUUCAUCUUUUUAGAGAAAGAGGUAAGAAUUGUUCAUGAUCAGUCAGUAUGUAAGAACUACAUAUGACCCGAACUUCUGUGACAGUGAUUAUAUGUUUGAUUUU